AUCUCAAGCCUUCGGCAAGCCGACGACUACUCCAGAUCCGACGCGACAGUGGAAUACUCGUAUCUCCUACCUGGAGAAUCCCGAGGGUACUGGAAGCAACAUUCGCCGGGCAAGUGGAUCCGUCAGGCUAAGAUCCACGGCAAGAUCAACAAUGAGAAGACUAUCUUAAUCAUAGAUACCGGUGCCGAGGUGUCCAUCGUGGACACCGCCUUUGCUCGUAAGGUGGGGUGCUACAUCGACAGGAGUCAGAGCCAAGAAUGUGUUGGGAUCGGCGACAACGUGUACACAACGGAAUGGAGAACGCGGAUCAAGAUUACCUUAGGUGGAUACCUGGUGUAUUUCUUCGACAUUUGGGUCGGGGUUCUGUCCGGCCAAGAAGCGAUCCUUGGUAUGGACUACAUGGUCCCGGCCGGGAUCCGACUGGAUCUAGCUGAUGGGACUCUCUGUCUGCCUGACGAAGUCCGAAUCCAACUCAGCGGCCGCCGUCCGCUAUACAGUGACAAGGCGCAGUCGGUAAAGCUGGAUCGCUAUCUGCAGCUUGGGGUCGGAGAGUCCGUGGAGCUAUCCACGCGCCUGCGGGGAUCUGGAUCGGAACAUGACAAACUUUGGGUUACACGAGGAGAUCGAUGGGUACCAACAGUGAUCAAGGGCCCAGGCAAGACACGGUACCUUCGAAUCACGAACGUCGGCGAGAAGGAGUUGGUGCUGCGCCAGAACCAUCAAGUAGGGAUGUGGCUGGUCGGUGAUCGGGUGCCGCGGAUCCAAGGUUACGUAUCCGUUGGAUCACGCCGUUACCUGGAGUGGCAGAAUCUCGCGCUGCAAGCCACGACGGAGGCUGGAUCCACGGAGGCGGCGCCUCCAGAAACCCCGACGGGGCCGAUGGUGGAGCGCCCUGAGUACCUGACGCCGCGUGCAAUACUGCGGAGGCAGGAUCCAACUCAAGUCAGACAGGUGGAACCAAGAUCCAAGAACGCCGGGGUGGACGGGGCAAGUCGCGGCCGGAUCCGCCCGGUCAGGCGAUCGACGAAUACAUAG